AUGGCCUCAUCGAGUUCAUCAACAGUUGAAUUGGAACACCAAAAAACUCGAAUGGCCAUCACGGCAGAGUCACAAGCAAUUGACAGAAUCAGCAAUCUCCCAGAGCCAUUGUUGGGUCACAUACUCUCAUUCCUCACAACCAAAGAAGCAGCAGCCACAAGCACCUUGUCAACAAAAUGGAGACCACUAUGGACCUCAGUCCCAUUCAUUGACCUAUAUGAAAAAAAGUCCCAUUUCAAACCGAACCCCCGUCCUCGUUGCUUGUUCUUUUCGCGUAAACCAAAUCCCCACACCAAGUUUUCCACUAUUGUAAAUCGAGUCUUCGAUCAACGCACCACCCAACUCCUUCUCUUGAGUCUCCAACAAGGCAGUUGCAAUUCUAACCAUGUCAAGGCUUGGAUAUCAUUCGCCAUUGCUGGUAACGUUGAGGAGAUUGAACUCUUCUUUUCAAUGGAUGACAACAUCGCACUCCCUAUUACCCUUUUCACUUGCAAAACACUCGUGGUUUUAAAGCUCCAUGGCUGCAUCAGCAUUAUCAAUGUCCCUUCCUCUGUUCACCUUCCCUUGCUUAAGAUUGCCGACAUCAUGAUGGGUGCUUGCUUCGCAUGUGUUUCCCAUAUCACCACUUUCCUUUCUGGCUGUCCCCUUCUUGAAGAGUUUUCAGUGAACUUGAGGAAUCUGAUGCCCUCUGGCUCCGUCAAAAUCUCCAAUCCUUUGUUGAAGAAGCUCUGCAUUAAAGGCAGAUUUUGCAUUUGUGAUGUUACCAAGCUCGAAAUCGAUACCCCUUUUCUCCUAUUCCUUUAUAUUGAUGCUAAUUCAAUCCUAGAUUAUUCGGUGGAGAAUGUUGGAAAUUUGGUCGAAGCAAGGCUUGGUGUUUCUGUGGAAAAUGGACCUGUGGAUCCUGUAUUGAAUAUUUUCAUAGGAAUUCGUGAAAUUAGGUUUAUGUCUUUGUCUUAUGAUGAAAUAUGGGACUUUGAUAAAAGUUGUAAUCUAGAUCUGCCCGAAUUUUGCUAUUUGGUUCGCUUGGAGCUAAGUCAUUAUUAUUGCUAUAAAUCGGAGUCGCUGGUAAAGUUGCUUCAAAAGUGCCCCAAGCUUGAAGUUCUUAUCAUUCACAAGGUUUGUUCAAUCAAUUCGAAGGUUUGA